AUGAGCACGAUCGCGCAGGAGUUGCCUGUGGUGCUCGAGUGGAUCGGCGUUAAGAACGUGUUCAUAACGAUAUACGAGGACGGGAGCAGCGAUGGGACGCAGGAAUAUCUUGGGGACUUGGGACGACUAUUCGAUGCGCUCGGCGUAGCGCACCACAUCGUAUCCUACGGUGACUCCCGACACGAUAACAAAGAAGAUAACCGACGCAUCGCCGUGCUAGCCGCAGCCCGCAACGCUGCCCUCAGCCCAUUAUUUACCGGUCAAGCUGCUUUCGCAUUAGGCGGUGAUCCGCACGAGAUCUUCUUCGUGAACGACAUAUUCUUCUGCGCGCCCGACUUGCUCGAAGUACUACUUCAAUACAGGCAACAAGGCAUGCAUCAAGCCUGCGCUACGGAUUGGGACCCCGGAGAGAUUAUCUACGACCGCUGGAUCCUCCGCGCCAUGUCCGGUCGCAACUUCUAUCGCACAAACGACCUCAUUGACUGGUUCGACUGGUUCUACGGACCGAAAGAACACCCCAAGACCGCACCCGGUACACUUCAAGACGACGAAGCCGAACGGAGACGAUGGGAGAAGCACUUGCCGUUACAGGUGUUCAGUUGCUGGAACGGGGCGACAGUUAUAGACGCCAAGGCGUUCUUGCCGCCACACAGCUUGAGGUUCAGACAGAGUAAGAGCGAUCUUGAGGACGAGAAGAGUGGGAUCGUGAGGAACGUGACGCAGAAGGCUAGCGAGUGUUACCUGAGCUCGGUCGACCUAUGGAAGAUGGGCUUCAACCGUAUCGCGAUGGUGCCCAAAG